AAAUAAAUAAAUAAAUAAAUAAAUAAAUAAAUUUAAACAUUAUGUCAAAUACACCUAAACCAGAAUACGAGACUAUACAGGGCGGAGGAUCUCUUGUUGUUGCUUAUCAAGUAGCAAACAAAAAAGUGCUUAUUGUAGGUGGAGGAUUUGUUGCCGCUCAACGCAUUAUAUCUUGUAAAACGGCUGAUGCUAAAGUAAUUGUUAUAUCACCAGAAGAAGGUCUUAAUGAUGAAGUUCGUUUUAGAAUCGAGAAUAAUGAAGUCGAAUGGCAUAAUCGAAAAUUUAACGAUGACGAUCUAGAGGAUGUAGAUAUGGUUUUGACAGCUUUAGAUGAUCAUGAAGAAUCUUUACGAAUCGGAGAACUAUGUCGUAAGAAACGCAUUCCUGUUAAUGUUGCCGAUGUGCCACCUAUGUGUGACUUUUAUUUUAUGUCUCAACAUCGCGACGGUCCUCUUCAGAUUGCUGUAUCAACCAAUGGUAAAGGACCCAAAAUAGCCAACAUGGUACGUGUUAAUGUAGCCAAUGCACUUCCAGAGAACAUUGGCAAUACAAUUGAAAUGAUGGGUCGACUUCGUGCAAAAGUUCGAGAAUGGGAGCCCUCUAUGAAAAAUUCAGGGAAGCGUAUGACUUGGGUUACAAAAUUAUGUGAUAAAUGGGGUAUGAAGGGAAUGGCUCGUCUUAAUGAAAUCAAGACUCAGGAAGAAGAGGAGGCUGUGUUUAGCAAAUUACGUGACUAUUUUAUCAUAGGUGGCGUUCCUGAUAUUAAUCUUAUUUUACCAUCUAAAGAUCAAAGACGACCUCGACUUACUUUAAUCGGGGGUGGCCCAGGUGAUCCGGAACUUAUUACAGUUAAAGCCAAACGUCUUUUAGAGGAAGCAGAUCUUGUUGUAAGUGAUCGUUUAAUUCCAAGUCAAAUAUUAGACAUGGUGCAAGGCAAGCUGCGUGUUGCUCGUAAAGUGUCUGGUAAAUGUGAUGAAGCUCAAGAUGAGUUAAUGGAAUGGUGUCUAGAGGGAUUAAAAAAGGGCUUACACGUUGUUAGACUUAAAAUUGGUGAUCCUUUCUUAUUUGGUAGAGGUGGAGAAGAAGUUCUUUGGUUCCGUGAACAUGGAUAUGAACCAGAGUUAGUUGCUGGUAUUUCCAGCGCAUUUUCAGCACCUAUGGCAGCCAAGAUACCUGUCACUUUCAGAGGUGUCUCUGAUCAAGUUAUCAUCACUACUGGCAGGGGUACAAAGGGUUGUAUGCCUGAUUUACCGAUGUUUAAAUCUACUCAAACAUUAGUGGUAUUAAUGGCAGUAGGCAGAGCUGACGAAUUGCGUACUUUGCUAUUAGAUCGACACUAUCCUGAAGAUGUACCUAUUUGUUGGAUAGAGAAUUCAAAUUGUCCUGAGGAACGAAUUAUCUUUGGAAAAUUAAAUACUAUGGCUAGUUUAGUAGAAAGUGAAAACAUCAAAGCACCUGCUGUCCUCGUGGUUGGCCAUUCAACAAAUGUACUUUAAUUUAUAGCAUUUAUUAUUAUUAUUAUUCAUGUAAAAUUCUUUAUCAUAUCAUAUUUAUUAUUGCCACAAAAUAAAUCUUUAGUUUAUUUUUGGUUAACA